CCUCCUCCUUCCUCUUCAUCAUCAUCUUCAUCGUCAUCGUCAACUUCGCCUCAUCCAGCUACUACUGCAGUUCCCCCUCUACCAAUGCAAAGGAAUCUCAAUCUUGUCUGGCCAUUGCAGGAUGCCAACAACAUUGGCUGCGGCGCACCCAACUAUGGACAACAGCAGCAACAGCAGCAAUUGCAACUGCAGCAGCAACAACAACAACAACAACAACAGCAACAACAACAACAUCCACCGCAACUAAAUGUCGAGGCUGUCAUAUUACAGAAUCAGGUGGAUUCAUUGCAAUGGCAAUUGAAACAGACGGAAACCAAUUGCGACAUGUAUCGGGCCGUUAUGGAGGAAGUGGCCCGAUUCUUUGAUCGUUACCAACAGCAACAACAGAAUUAUAGAAAUAUUUUGGCAGCAGCCGAAAAUGGACAUCAGCAGCAAAUUUCACGCUCAAAGAGUUUGCAUCAUGUCCAGGCAGUGGGCAAUAAUAGCCCAAUGCAAAUGGAUGGACACAAUCAAUUGGAUAUUGGCAGUGCUGGCGGUGGUGGUGGUGGUGGUGGUGCCGGUGGUGUCGGAGGCAAUGAUAGUGCUGCCUAUUUAAGGGCCAGAAGUAGCACCAAUUUAAUGUUAAAUAAAUCAAUGUUAACCAUGAAUGAUGAGCAUAACUAUGAGAGUAUAGCACCAGCUGGUAGCUACAAUGCUUUCAAGGAUUUCACAUGGCGCCGCUCACCCAAGAAACCAGGCGGUAAUGGAGGCGGUUGCAAGGCACGUCUUUCCUCACCCGAGGCAGAAGCAGAGAAACUAAAUCAGGAGGCAUUUCGUUUGGCCCGAACCAUACGCAAUUUACUGCAUACGAAUCAACAACAGACGGAUCUUAUGCAACAGUCACGUCACUCAUUGGCCUCCACAUCGAUUGGUUCGCAUCAUUAUAGAAAAAUGUCAUUGCACAAUUCCACUGCCCUAAUGAUGGAGACAUCAAUUUCACCGGCAACGAUGGCCAAAACAAAUGCUGCAGCCGAAAUGCUUUUUCUGCGAGCCAAUAAUAUACGAGAUUCACGUCUUUCAUUACGCAGUUCCACCGAUAGUUCUGUUCAUUCCACGAUCUCAUCAUCGACAGCCUCAUCGUCGUCAAAAAUUGAAACGGAUGAUGAAACUACAACCACUUCAACCACCAACAACAACAACAACAACACUAAUGGCAUUAACCCCACCACCAACACCACCACCACAGGCAACACCAUCACAUCCUCCUCUUUGUCCAACAAUACAUCAACAUCAGCCAUUAUCAAUAAGCAAGCAAAUGUCAAUCAUCAUGGUUCAAGCACUGAGGAUGAGAGUGGUUUCAGUUCAAUUAGCUCAUUUCAUGAUAUUGGCUUGCCCCUAAGCUCCACAUUGAUAGCAACAGAUGAGAAACAACAACGUCGUUUAUCCCUAUCCAGUAAUCUAUCCACCAACAACAACAACAACAACAACAACACAGAGAGUCGCAAUUCUACACUGAAAUCGGCAUUAAAUGGCAUUGGCUUACCUCCACCUAGCAGCAGCAGCAGCAGCGGCAGCAGCAAUAGUUCCAAGACCAUCUAUCGCAGUACGGGCAGCACCCAUUAUAAUCGCUUCUCCACCUUAUCAAACGAAGAUGCUGCAGCUGUUCUGUGGGUCUAAAGCCACAACACAUUUUCACCUACAAAUUUCUCCUACCCAGUGUAACUUGUAAGAUUUUUUUUGAUAGUGCCUCAUGCUUAGUACUUAACCAUAAGAGGCCACAAAGGGUGUGUGUGUGAGAGAGAGAGAGAGAGAGAGCAAAGAUAUGCAAUGACAGCAAAAUCUUGCCCAAAUCGGUUAUGAUUACAAAAUCAUAUAGCAAUCCAUGCAUAUCUCUCUUUCUCUCUCUCUCUUUUAUUCGCUCUUGCUCUCUCCCUUUUGGUCUCGAUCAUUAUCAUUUUGAAUGCUGUAUACUUUUUUUCGCUCUAUGUUAUUUAAUCUAUUACUAUUAUUAUCAUAUUUUGUAUGUGA